CUCGACCAAACCAUCCAAGGGAGAGAGAAGGAGCUUCAAACUCACCUCCAUUUCUGCAAAUUUGAGCUCAAGCUUUAGUGCUCAAAGGAAGAAGAUUAAAGAGGGAAGAAGUUGGGAAAAGUGUGAACAAUUAAGGCACUUGUAAGGGGUAUUUCAAGUGAUUUCACAAAGUUGGAAAAGUCGCCGGAGUUGUCGCCGGAGUUGACCAAAAGUCGCCGGAGUUUCACCGGAGUUCAACCAAGAAGGGUAGAACUUCUUAACGCUAGUUCAAGGUUGAAGCUAGGGCUUGCUACUUGCACCUUCUCACGGGUGGUAUCAUAUCGGGAAGACGUGAAAUGGAGGGCAGGCGAAUGGCAACCAGGAACAAUCCGAGGGGGCAGGCGCCAGUAGCAUCCCAAAGGGGAAGCCGGGCUGCAUCUCGGGGUUCAAGAGGAGGCCGUGGAAGCCGUGGAGGUCAUCAAGCUCAAACUGUGAGUGAUGGCCAUGUAAGCUCGGUGUAUGAAACCAACACCGAGGACUAUGACUCAACCUACGUUCCAGAAACGGAGCAUGAGGAGACCCCGUAUGAUGGGGGGGACACAUACACCGAUGAUGACGAUGAGAGUGAUGCCCGAUUCGCCCAAAUGGGUGAAUUACUUGAGUGGUAUCAAAAGGAGAAACUGAG